GCCAUAGCUGAAGCUCACAGGACACAGAUCCAUCUCCUACUGGAGAAACGAGUGUAAGUAAAAAAGUUGAGAUGGCUCCUUCUUCUUCCUGCUUGUGUUUGUUCUUGCUCGUUGUAUGUGUUCUCUCAGCUGUUGGGAAUGGCGAAAGCUCCUCUGGUCUUAUGAUGGAUUUCUACAAGGAGUCCUGCCCUCAGGCGGAGGACAUAAUCAGAGAACAGGUCAAGCUUCUCUACAAGCGCCAUAAGAACACAGCUUUCUCCUGGCUCAGGAACAUCUUCCAUGACUGCGCUGUGCAGUCUUGCGACGCUUCCUUGCUUCUGGACUCUACAAGGAAGACGCUUUCCGAGAAGGAGACAGACCGGAGCUUCGGCAUGAGGAAUUUCAGGUACCUGGAAGACAUCAAGGACGCAGUGGAGAGGGAGUGCCCAGGCGUCGUCUCCUGUGCUGAUAUAUUGGUUCUCUCCGGCAGAGAUGGCAUCGUUGCGCUCGGAGGGCCGUUCAUUCCAUUAAAGACGGGGAGGAGAGACGGGAAGAAGAGCAGAUCAACGGUGGUGGAGCAGUACUUGCCGGACCACAAUGAGAGCAUCUCCUCCGUUCUGGAUAAGUUCGCUGCCAUGGGCAUUGAUGCCGCAGGCGUCGUCGCACUUCUCGGGUCGCACAGCGUGGGCCGGACUCACUGUGUGAAGUUGGUGCAUCGGCUGUACCCGGAAGUCGACCCGGCACUAAACCCGGAUCAUGUCCCGCACAUGCUGAAGAAAUGCUAUGACCCGAUACCCGACCCGAAGGCGGUCCAGUACGUGAGGAAUGAUCGUGGCACUCCCAUGAUUCUGGACAACAACUACUACCGCAACAUUCUCGACAACAAGGGCCUGUUGAUGGUGGACCAUGAGCUGGCCCAUGACCCGCGAACCCGGCCCUACGUGAAGAAGAUGGCCAAGAGCCAGGAGUACUUCUUCCAGCAUUUCGGGCGGGCCAUCGCGCUCCUGUCUGAGAACAACCCGCUCACCGGUGAUCAGGGCGAGAUUCGUCGCCACUGCAAUGUGGCCAAUAAGAACCAUUAUGAAGAGUGAUCUGUGGUGAUAAUGAGUAGUUAAUAAGCCAGCUUUGCUCGUGUUGUUGCUGGUCUAUGUGCUGGACGGUGAAAGGAGUUUGCGGUAGGUGGAACCGGUGUAUGUGAUGGACGGUGGUGAUGGCGUUGCUUUAGGAAUGAAUGAAUGGAUGUGUCUGUGCUUUGAUCUAACUCUGCUUUUAAUUUCGAAGUUAUGAGUUUUUAUCCUAUA